AGCGAGUCAAGCUGCGUCGUGUUUCAGACAACUACUCAAAUUCCACGUCUUAUAAAUUCCGAUUUCUUUUAUUUUUAUACUAUAUUGGGUAAUUCAAACCGAAUAUGGUAAUGAUAAAUUGAGAGAUCAAAGCUCAAAUAAUCUGAAUAAUCGUGAUUUUCAAAUUGAAAUGGCAAAGGAAGAAAGAAAUUCGGAAAUUCAAGCAGACCUUUUGAGAAAUCGAAAACCAAUAAAUUGCAGAGGGGUUGAGAUAAGCAGCAGCAGCAUGGAUGUGGAAGCUACACCGGAUGGUGGUAAUGGAUUGAUGGAAGCAUCAGUAGCAGGGGACUUUGCGACAUGUGAAGCCGAGAGAAACGCAGAACCUUAUGUUGGUAUGGUGUUUGAAACAGAAGCUGCUGCUAGAGCAUACUACAAUGAAUAUGCUGGCCGGGCAGGUUUUUUGACCCGCAUUAUAUCAUCCCGUAAAUCAGAGCGUGAUGGUUCAAUCGUGUCACGUGGGCUUGGUUGUAGAAACAUUCCUAAUAUCCAAAAGUCAGGUAAUAUCUCAAAUGAAGGGGGACAAAAACGAAGGGAUGGUUGUACUGCAAUACUCUUAGUAAAACGAGAGAAUGGAGGGAGGUGGGUUGUCAGGAAAUUUGUGCGAGACCACAAUCAUUCUUUGGUAGCUUCAUUGCCUAAGAGACGCCCUACUUUUGAUGAGAAAGACAAAAGGAUUCAGGAGUUAACUGCUGAACUCCGGGUAAAGAAACGUCUAAGUGCAGCAUAUAGGGAGCAGCUACUUAUUCUCAUGAAAGAUGUUGAAAAUCAUACUGAUCAUCUAACAUCGAAAGUUCAAAUGACCCGUAAUAAUCUAAAGGAACUCGAAGCGAGAAGGCAGCAGCUUUCAAACCACAACAAACCAAGUUUGUAGGAUGCAGGAAAAGCAGUGGCAAGCCAGCCUCUGUAGACGCUUACAGUUAACCUGAAGGAAGAAACUGUUGAAGCUGCCGAGCAAUCAAAAGGCAUCUUGAGUUGAGGUUGCGAUAAAUAUAUAAUUGUCGAAGUCCAGAUUGUUUGGUGUGAUCUUCAUUCAUUGGUAGAAAACCUAUCAUUUCAACUGAGAAUUGAUCAAAUUUCUUCAUACUUAUAAGAAGUACUAUACAAAUCUUGAAGAUUGUUUUCUACGACAUACAAAUAUAUAUAGUGGGUUGUUUGUGUGCUCUCCUAAGACCCAUGCUUGGUGAGGAGGAGAUCAAUGUGAAAUGAUUUAUGGAUGAACUGCUAUGCCCCAUAGCUCUAUGGGGAGGUUGCGCCUCAAUGUAUCUCAAACCUUCCUCGUCAUUUAGGUAACAUUCAACGAAUUUCACUCUCUUUUAUGAUGAGCAUCAUUUGUGACCAUUA